UCUGCUGAGUUAUUUACCUUUGGAAUACCUACAUAUGUUUUCCCUUUAGUUCUAAAGUGAUUACAGUGCUUUCAUGUGUUUUUAUUUUAAAAUGUGUAUCUCUAGACAUAGCUAUCAACUUUAGCGAACUUUACAGUCAAAUAAUCAUCGAAGUGUAAAGGAAAUGAAAUUUUACAUUGAUUUUUGAACAUGCAUUUCUCAAUACCUGAUUUACAACAAUUUUACGAUGACAAUGGUACUUCAUAUACGGGAUACAAUAUAUAUAUUGAUGGAUUUUUCCAUUGCACCGCCCGCUAUAGACAGUUGCUCAGUCUCCAUGAGCAGCUGCAAGCACAACACUCAUAUGUUAGACUUCCACAAUUUCCACCGAAGAAGUUGUUCCUUACCAGUUCACUGCUGGAAGAAAGGAGGAUCCUGUUAGAGAAAUAUAUACAAAUGGUGGGUCAAAUUCCUGUGCUGGCUAAUUCAGAUUUACUUAUAACAUUCCUGUUUUCUGCUCAACAAGAAACUCACUCUGUUAAAAUGCAUGAAGUUGAAAUAGAAAUAUCCUUAAUGAAUGGCUAUAGAAUACCAUUGUCUGUUUCUUCCACUGAUUCAUCAAGUACUUUACUGGAUAUUGCUUGUAAUUACAUUAAUUUAUCAAGUGAAUUAAUAAAAUAUUAUUCAUUAUAUUUAUUUAACUGGAGUUGUGCUAAAGAUGGACAACCUUCUAUGAAAAAAUUAGAAGAAUAUGAAUCUCCCUACAUAUCACAGAAAUAUGUGAGACCUGAAGAUAAAAUAGUUUUAAGAAAAAGCUACUGGGAUCCUAAUUAUGACGUUGAUCUUAUGAUUGACAAUGUAUCUUUAGACUUGUUAUAUCUACAAACAAAUGAAGAGCUAGAUCUUGGCUGGAUAAUUGCAGAUGCUCAAACAAGAGACAUUUUAAGAAAAUAUGAAGCUAAAAAACAAAAAAGAGAGUUUAUGGAAUUAGCGCGCUCGUUGAGACAUUACGGCCGUAUUCCGGCUGGAGAAGCGGUGACAGACUCAGUAAACGUAUCUGGAGAUAAUUCUGACAGCACGUGUCGUGUUCGUGUUUCUCUUGCUGCCAGGGAACUGACUCUGACCACGGUCACUCAGCCUCAAAGGGAACAACGGUUUAAAGUUACACGCAUGAGAUGUUGGAGAAUCACGACGUUGCACUGCAUGGAAAGGCCACAAACUAACGGACAUAUUUCAGAAAACGAAGAACCAAAUAAAAACUUUGAAUUAUCCUUUGAAUAUCUAAUUAGCAAGGAUAAUUUACAGUGGAUAACCUUGAGGACGGAACAUGCCACAUUCAUAAGCGUCUGUUUACAGUCAAUAGUUGACGAGUUGAUGCGGCAGAAAAGCGGCGCAGGACCAACGUCCCCUCGCUGCGAGAAGCGCACCCAUCUCACAUAUUUGAGGAGGGACGGCUCCAGCCAGCUUAUCUCGCCGUCCUCCUCCAGCGAUACGCUCAGUUCUAACAAUGCCGACUCUUCAUACAACUCAACUAGUUCCAAGGAAAUAUUUUCAGUUCAAAGACUAACCGAGAAAUUCGCAACUGUCGCCUUCAAAACUGGAAAGGACUGUGUCGAAAAUAACGCAUUCGAAGCUAUCGGCGAUGAGGAAUUGUAAAUAUGUAUUAUAGUCGGGUGUAUUGGAAACGUUCCGGAAAACGAAGAGAAAGUAAAGUAGUUCUAAAAAAUCGCGAAGAAUAAUUUUUUUCCUUGUUCUGAUGUGUUCUCAUAACAUUGCGAAUUUACCAAAUAUCAAUUUAUUGAAACAAAAAAAAACUAGUAUUAUCGUUAUAUCGUUACUCUUUUACGGUAAAAUAAUCGAUUCCGGUUUUGGGAGCGGUUCUAACACGCCUCGCAUUAUUGAAUAUCGAAUUUAAACUCGAAUUUUUUUUAUUAGUAAAUUAACAUGAACAAAGAUGAGCGUAGUAAAAAAGUAGUUAAGUUGCACAAAUAUAAAAAAAGUUAUAAACAAAUAUAAAACAUAUCUCAUAAUUUUUAUCUUAAAAAUAUAUCAAAGUAAUAAUCUCUUAAAUAUUACUAUAUUUGUAGUAUAAAUUUAGGGAUGGCAGAUAUUAUUCUUCACAUUACCGUAUGGGUAAAAAUGACCGCCUGUGAGUGAGCCAUGUCUGCCAAUGUUAGCAAUAUAUAAAAUACUAUUUGUAUUGUAAAAUCUACUUUCUUAUGGAAUUCUGCAUUAGCCAUUAAGUUGUCUGUUCAAUUAAGUAUUAAGUUUUGUAUAUCAUAUGAAUCUAAAAUAUUUCUAUCAUAAUUUAAUAACAUGGUAUCCC